UCACCAAACGCGUACGGAAAGCUAAGCUUGAGCAGAACCGAUCUAGUAAAGCCGCAGACAUUCAUACAGAUUCAUCCGCAGGAGCGAAUGAACGAAAGCUGAGAUUGCGCGAUGAGGCCUGAAGCUGCAGGACCACGGAGGAUGGCGUCCAUGGAGCGGGAGCCCAAAGCGCUCUCCCUCGACGAGCUCAAGUACGCCAGGGAGGCAGCGCUCUAUGUCCUGAGAACGCACACCUCGGAGGACGCCGUCCGGAUCUUCACCGAUGGUCUCAAGCCGGUGCUCGGCGUCAGGAAGAACUCCAUGGCCGCCGACUCCGAGGACGACGACGACGGCGACAACGGCUAUGAAGACGAUGACUUGUUUAAUCCCGACGCGUUUGACGAUGACAGUUUUCGCCACCAAUAUGGACGCACCGACGACGAGGAGCGAGACGUUGCUACCGCACCCUUCUAAUUUAGAUUAGUGGAACCACCUGCGAGUUAUUAGCUUCAUCUGUACAUAUAGAUAUUCUUAAACUAGUAGCUAAAGACAGAUAAUUUUUUGACUGAAUUUUGUACACAAAUAUGGAUUCUUUUUUCGCGAGAUACACAUCAAUUCCAUUUUA